GACUGAGCAUGCGCGGACUGCUCCACGCAUGCUCCGUUGCUUUGGGUUGCCUUAAAAAAUCCCUAUCCCAGAGGCCUUGGAAGCCCAGAUUGUCAAUGGGCGGUGUUGGUAGUAGCGUGGGCAUGGGGACCAGAAGGGGAGAAGGGAGAGCGUGUGGCGGCCAGGCACGCCGGAGCGUAGCGUUGCUUUGGCUGACGGUGGCCGCCGGCUUGUCCUCCGCUUGGGGAAGCGGCGGUCGCGGGCAGCAGCGGUGGCCAGUGCCCUACAGGCGUUUUGAAUUCCGUCCUAAACCAGAUCCUUACUGUCAAGCUCAAUAUACUUUCUGCCCAACUGGUUCUCCUAUCCCAGUUAUGAAGGAUAAUGAUGUCCUAGAAGUUUUUCGAUUACAAACCCCAGUAUGGGAAUUUAAAUAUGGUGAUCUCCUAGGACAUUUGAAUAUUAUGCAUGAUGCUAUUGGAUUCAGAAAUGUUGUGACAGGCAAGAACUACACCAUGGAAUGGUAUGAACUUUUCCAACUUGGAAACUGUACAUUUCCUCAUCUCCGACCUGAAAUGAAUGCACCAUUCUGGUGUAAUCAGGGAGCUGCCUGUUUUUUUGAAGGUAUUGAUGAUAUUCACUGGAAAGAAAAUGGGACCUUGGUCCUGAUAGCAACCAUAUCAGGAAAAAUAUUUAACCAAAUGGCAAACUGGGUGAAACAGGAUAAUGAAACAGGUAUUUAUUAUGAGACAUGGACUGUCCAGUCCAGUCCAGGAAAACAGUCAACAACAUGGUUCGAAUCUUAUGACUGUUCCAAAUUUGUGUUAAGAACAUAUAAGAAGUUGGCUGAACUUGGGGCCAACUUUAAGAACAUACAAACCAACUACACCAGAAUAUUUCUUUACAGUGGAGAACCUACGUAUGUGGGAAAUGAAACCUCAAUUUUUGGACCUGCAGGAAACAAGUCUCUUGCUACAGCCAUAAAGAGUUUUUAUUAUCCAUUUCGACCUCAUUUGUCAGCUAAAGAAUUUGUGUUAAGUCUUUUAAAAAUUUUUGAUGCAGUGCUGAUCCACAGACAGUUUUAUUUGUUUUAUAAUUUUGAAUAUUGGUUUUUGCCUAUGAAGUACCCCUUUAUAAAGAUAACAUAUGAAGAAAUUCCUUUACCAAACAAACAAAACACCAGUUUCUAAAAUAAUGGGACUCUUGAAGAAGGAAAUGUCAAUAUAUUUUCUUGAAUAUUCAGGGAGUGAUUUAGUCCUAUUAUGAAUCAUCCCAGGUCUCUUCUUUCAUUUAAAAGAAAAAAAUAAAACCUUUCUAGUUUUUGUAAGUGACAAGGAGGUGAAACUUAAAUGAACAAAUCCUUUUGCCUAUUAAUAUCUAUUGGGAGCUUAAAAUACGCUAUUAUAUUGAUAAAAGUUGGCCUCUUGGAUUAUCUGGAUUUCUAAGUUAACACGAAAGAAAAGUAAUAAUAUCUGGACUAUUAUUAAACAGAUUAUGUUAUAGUGUGCCUUUUACGUAAUAGGUGCUUAAUAAAUAUUUAAGUAUAUGUAAUUACUACAGUGUAAAGGUUACAUCUUCUGUUCUUCAUGCCACUUAGGACUGACUUUGGAUCUAAGUAUCCUGAAUGAGUUUUACUUAUUGGAGUUCCUAAGAUAUUUUUUCCCCUUAAACCUGGCAGAUGUGAAAGCUCAUUUUCUCACUGCAGACUUUCAGCUUCAGAAUUUCCUGAGAUUUCAAUGUCAGAUUUUAAGCUGGGUACAAUAGUGCUUCAUGGUUUGUCAUUAAACAUCUUAGAACCUGUGGAUAUAGUUAACCCUUAAUAUGUUUUACAUUUUCCCUCCCUUCCCUAACUAGCAGUGAUAUGUAGGAUUAAGUAACAGUGUGUUCAAAUAUUGCAUUUAACACUCUGAAGCACUGUAUUUCUUGGGUAUACAGGUCUAUGUCAUGAAUUCAUGACAUGCCCAAAAUUACAUUUUUUAGUCCUUUACUUUGCUCAUUAAUCAGUUAGAGGCAUAGACAGUUUUUGAAAAAGCAACCUUGUUGAAAGGAUGGCUAUAUUGGAAAGUAUUCCUCUAGAGGGCAAAUUUAAAAGCUCAUACACAUUUUUUAAAAAAAAACAAAUAGCAUAUGUUCAUAUACAAUCCACUCUGGGUACACAGUAAAUAACAAAAGGCAGGGGGCGGCUAAGCUCUAAGCAUCUGUAUUAAGUACAAGUUAAGUUGUUAAACAUUAUUGAAAAACUAAGUAUCUUUAGGUGUAAUUAUGAUGUUGCCGAAGGAUAUUAUGAAUCAUGUCAUAUCUUACUUUGUGUGAUGUACAAAGUUGCUAGGAGAAAAUAGUUGGGUUUUUUUUUAAUUCAUGCAACGAAAUUUUGGUGUUGUAUAUUUGACAAUAUGUUUAUCAUUCAUACCAAUGAAUCUUAUUUCAAAUUAUAUUGAAUGUAGGCAUAAGAAAUAUCAAGGAAGGUUACUGAAUUCACUUAAGUAGUAGCCAGAAAAUAUUUAGAUGUAUCAAACACUUACCUCUUAACAUACUAAAAAGUAUUGUAUUUAAUAAUAUUCUGAGUUAUUUGCAAAAACUUUACAAAUGUACACAGUAAUUGUCUGUUAAAUAUGAGAUCCUCUCAUGGAGAUUGGAGCUAUCAUAUUUCUAAAUUUAAACUAUUUUAAAUAUAUCUCUCAAAAUCAAUUUUUAAAAAGAAUGCUAUGUUAUGAAUUCUUUUCUGUAGCAUUAAUUAUAUUCUUAGGUUUAGUGAGUGUACUUAUGGGGUACUAGUUUUUUUGCUUGGUACUAGUUCUGAUAAGUUGAUAAAAUUAAUUGAAAUAAUACAAUCAAAACAAAAAUAAGAAUUAUGGCAUUCUUAAGAAAUAAUUUUUUUUACUUCUAAAAGAAAAAAAUUGAAGUUUUUAAAAGCCUUAAGCUUAUUACUAUAUUGUAAUGAAAUCUUAAAUCUUCAGAGAAUGGGCUUUUAAAAAGUCAGCUAUGAGACUGUGUGAUUUAUAACUUCACACAUCCUGCAUUAGUGGUAGGGUGUAUCAUGUAUUCCAGUGGUGUCAUUUCUACUGCCAUACA